AUGGAUUUUUUAUCUUUGCCACCUACUGAUAUAUCUGUAUCAGCAAUUCCUACUCAAAUCUGCGAAACAAAGACUACAGAUGAGCUUAGCUGCUUUGAUGAAUUGCCUAGAGAACAAGAAAUCAAAGACCUGCUGCCUAGGCUUGAAAGAGCUGAAGAACGAGUCCGUCAGCUUAGUCUGGAGUGCCAAAAAAGAGACUUCCAAAUUACUCAACUGGAGUUUGAAAAUGAAGAAAUGCGAGAACAAAUAAAAAAGUUCCAAGAUGAGGACAUUGAUGAUGUAAGAAUCCAAUUGGAGCAUUUGCAGUUUUUAUAUAAAGCAUUACAGGAUAAGUUCCAAGAAAGCCAAAUGAAGAUAUAUGCUUAUGAAAAGAAAGAAAAAAACGAAUACAAUGAUAUAAGAAUUCAAAUUGAAGAGCAUGCAAAAAACAAAGAUUGGAUGGAUCAAAAAAUUGAUAAAUAAAAUGGAAAAACCUUAUAUAAAGAAAUCGAAUCUUAAUAAUGUUUUGUAUAGGAAAAUAUUGUGAGAUUGCAGGUUUCCUUAGCUAGGCUAAGGGGCAGAGGAUAUUUUAAAAGAAGAAUUAAGUUAUGCUACAUCAGAAAAAGAAAAAUUGAAAGAAAAGCUGAAGGUUUGUGAAAGCGAGUCUCUAAUUGUGCAUCUGGAUUGUGACGAACUGAAUAAAGAACUAAAUGAGCAUAAAAGAACAAUCAGCCAAUUAGAAGCUCAGCUUGAAUUUGAAAAGGAGCAGUAUUCGGCAUUAAAGUCAAAAUAUGAUAUCCUUGCGAAUUCAAACCAAAGGAAUGAUUAUAUUACUCCAAAAUCAAGUCCUCGCAAAAGGACUCUAAAUUUUUAA